AUGAUUAAACAACAGCAACCACAACAACUUAAGGCACAAACCAUUACAUACGCCACAUAUGCAUAUAAUUCAAAGACGGCAGAACAAACACAAAGGUUGAAAUAUGGAGAUUUGGAGAUAGUAUUGAAAAAUGACCAUUUCGAAUUCGUUUGCAAAGGUGGAGCGGUGAUAUCAAAUAUAAAAGAAAUUUUAUUUAUGAAUUCAAAAAUUAAAGGAAUAACGGAUGAUAUAACAUCAAUUCCACCAGAAGAACAGAGAUAUUACGCAUUAAAUGCAUUUCCUAAAGUUUUGAAGAUUGGAAGAUUUAAUUUAAAUGAGGAAUUCAUAAAAGGUUUCCUAAAUGACAUAAUGAAGAAAGCAGAUAAGGAAUAUGUUAACGAUGAAUUAAUGAAGAAAGCAGAUAAAACAUAUGUUAACGAUGAAUUAAUGAAGAAAGCAGAUAAAACAUAUGUUAACGAUGAAUUAAUGAAGAAAGCAGAUAAAACAUAUGUUAACGAUGAAUUAAUGAAGAAAGCAGAUAAAACAUAUGUUAACGAUGAAUUAAUGAAGAAAGCAGAUGAGGAAUGUGUGGCUAGUGUGUUAAUGAAGAAAGCAGAUAAGGAAUAUGUUAACGAAAAAGAUAAUGAAAUUAAAGAAAAGGUUGAAUGGUAUCAUGAACGGACAUCAAAAAUUUUAAAAACUAAAGCCGAUACAGGGUGGGUUUCAGGAUGUUUAGACCUUAAAGCAGACAAAACUUAUGUUAACGAUGAAUUAAUGAAGAAAGCAGAUAAAACUUAUGUUAACGAAAUAUACCAAAGUUUGAUAGGAACAACAAAAAAUAUUGAAACUAUUGUUGGUGACUUUACUGUCAAUGAAGAAAACAAAUAUUUUAGAUGGGAGUUUGUACACUCCUUAAAAAAUGGUAUACGGUAUAAACUCAUUCCGAAAAAUAACAAUGAAAUGUAUGUAGGUUAUAUAAAGAAUGAUGGUACACAAGUUAAAGUUCCAUUAGACAACAACUGUUACUUAAACUUAUAUGGAGACGAACAAAAGAAAUAUUUAAGAGUUUAUGAAAUGACAGAUAUGACAUUGUCUAACCUAGCUCCAGCACCAUAUUAUUAUGACAAUGGAGAUGAUGUCAGAACACCACAUGUAGAUGAACAAAAGCUAACAUUAUAUUUAGAUUAUUAUAGAUAUAAAAGAUAUAAUGCAAUAGAAAAAACGAGAAUAGUAUACUAUUAUGAAGAUGACAGAAAUAAAUAUUAUAGUCAAGACUUUACCUACCCUGAAAACAUAAGAUUAUAUUAUAAAAAAUAUUCUGACACAAACCAGAAGAAACCUGAAAUAGUUACACUAUAUUUUAAGUUCAAAAGAGACAAUCCUAUAAUAUCUCAUAUGUUUGAUUUAAUGAACCCAGUAGGUUCUAUUUAUACAUCUAUGGAUGCAAGAGGUCCUCAAGUAAUGUUUGGUGUUGGUGCAUGGCAACAAAUAGUUGACAGGUUUUUGUAUUGUGCUAACUCAUCAAAGGAAACAG